CUCCUCCUGAUGAGGUUUGACGAGUCCGUGAGUUCACAAGUCCAGAGAAGAAGGAGUGUCGAGAAACGGCCUGAGUGUUUGUGUCUCCAGAGGAAACAUUUCAUCUCCUGCAGGAACAAUGACUCCAGUUGAGGCUUUGAGAGAGUUUAUUCAGCAGCGACUCACUGCUGCUGCUGGAGAAAUCUUCACCGCGUUUCAACAAACUCUCCUCCACUACGAGAAGGAGAUGAAUGUUCAGGACAGACUGCUGGAAAUCACAGGAGAACUUCCAGUCCCGUUCUCCAGAACAGAGAGUCCACAGCAACACAUUAGAAACCAGAAGACCAGUUCCAGUGGUGAGCAGGAGGAACAUGAAGCUCCACACAUUAAAGAGGAGGAGGAUCUUGUUGAGAUGAGCGUUACUGAUGGUGGAAGUGAGGAUUCCCACCACUCUGUGAGAGACUCCACCACCCGGAGACUCACUGCUGCUGCUGUGGAAAUCUUCAACCUGUUUCAACAGACUAUUGUCCAGUACCAGGAGAAGAUUGAUCGCCGACACAGACUGCUGGACGUCAUCUUCCAACCUCAAGUCAAGUUAAACAGAAUCGAGCUCCAACAGCACCGUGACUGUAGAGAGGAGCAGGAAACAAACUACUGUCUAGAACAGGAGGAACCAGAACCUCCAGAGAUUAAAGAGGAACCAGAAGAACCAGGACUUCUUCAGUUUCCAGAGGACCAGGAGGAACCAGGGCCUCCAGAGAUUGAGGAGCACGAGGAUCUCGGUACCAGCCAGACGGGAGCGCUUCCUGUUGUGACGCUUGAAAGUGAAACCUUGAAGGUUCCUUCUGUUGAGGAGCAGAGUGACCAGAGUGAACCAGAAGAAGAACCAGACACUGAGCAGCUCCUCUCUCAGGACUCUGAAGUCCACCAUGAGAACAAACUGACUGACUUUCCAGUUUCAGAGAAGCAGGCUGAAUGUGAGGAAACAUGUGGUGAACCUGUCCGUAAAAAACCAAAACUAUGUCAGAAGGUGAGAACGGUCACUGAUAAGAAGAGAACUUGUGACACAUGUGGAAAAAACUUCAGUCGACAGAAUUUGUUGGUCCACAUGAGGACUCACACAGGUGAGAAGCCGUAUUCUUGUGACUCAUGUGGAAAAAGCUUCACACGACAGAGGUCUUUGUUGGUCCACAUGAGGAUUCACCGAGGUGAGAAGCCGUACUCUUGUGAAACAUGUGGACAAAGCUUCAGUCGACAGAGUUAUGUGUUGGUCCACAUGAGGACUCACACAGGUGAGAAGCCAUAUUUUUGUGAAACAUGUGGAAAAAGUUUCAGUCAACAGAAUUCUAUGUUGGUCCACAUGAGGAUUCACACAGACGAGAAGCCGCACUCUUGUGAAACAUGUGGAAAAUCUUUCAGAAAUAAGAGCCACUUGUCUAGCCACAUGAGAACUCACACAGGUGAGAAGCCGUAUUUUUGCGAAACAUGUGGAAAAAGUUUCAGUCAACAGCGUUCUUUGUUGGGCCACAUGAGGACUCACAGGACUCACACAGGUGAGAAGCCGUAUUCUUGUGAAACAUGUGGAAAAAGUUUUAGUGCACAGGGUUCUUUAUCGGUCCACAUGAGGAUUCACACAGGUGAGAAGCUGUAUUCUUGUGAAGCAUGUGGAAAAAGUUUCAGUCUACAGAGUGUUUUGUCGGGCCACAUGAGGAUUCACACAGGUGAGAAGCCGUAUUCUUGUGAAACAUGUGGAAAAAGUUUCAGACAGCAUAGUGCUUUAUCAAGCCACAUGAGGACUCACACAGGGCAGAAGCCGAACAACAACUAG